UGAUGGUCGCGCUCAUGAACAGCGCCCAUGUCGUCUCCUGUGCCCAGCUACGGUGCCACACAUAAUACGACCGUCGACGAGGAAUCCAAGACCAAUGGCGAAACUGCAACACCCGCCACUAUCAUUGCCGCUGUCGAGGAAGACGAGCCUGCCGCGCUCGAAUCAAGCAAUAUCCUUCAAGGGAAAUUCAAGCCCGACCUAGGCUUUUGGAUCAUCUUCGUUUCCCUCGCUGUUUGUAACUGGCUCGCAGCGCUCGACCUGAGUUGUAUCGCAACUGCUCUCCCAACGAUCGUAUCCGACCUCCCGGGGUCAACAUCCUUCGUUUGGAUCGGGUCCGCCUAUGCGCUCGCCUCUACAGCAAUUGUACCGCUCCCGGGGAACCUCGCGAACGUCUUUGGCAGACAGACGACGCUCGAGGGGUUCAUAGCUCUCUUCAGCAUCGGCUCUGUCGUGACAGGUGCAGCGAAGAACAUGAACACGGCCAUCGCAGGACGGACAGUGCAGGGCAUAGGAGGAGGUGGGAUGCUUGCACUCGCGAAUAUCGUCGUGGCGGAUCUCGUGCCUCUCAGGGAAAGAGGGCUAUACGAGGCGAUCAUGGCGUGCGUGUGGGCGGUGACGAGUGUGCUGGGGCCGCCUAUUGGAGUUGCGCUCGCGCAGACAGGACAAUGGAGAUGGCUCUUCUGGAUGAACCUACCGCUGUGCGCAGGGGCAGCGGGCAUGGUUGCCUGGUUUCUGCGGCUUAAGCGACCACCUGGAUCGUGGAAGCGAAAGCUCAGGCAGGUGGAUUGGAUAGGGAACACAAUCAUCAUUGGUGCUGCUGCAUCAGCGAUCCUCGCUCUCACGCAGGGAGGGAUUGACCACCCAUGGUCGUCGUACCAGAUCAUCGUCCCCCUCGUAAUCGGGCUGGUCGGUGUCGUCUUUUUCUUGAUCUACGAAGCCUUCCUCAUGCGAGGGGAACCUAUGGUCCCCCUGUCGCUCAUCUCCAACCGCACGAGCCUGUCCGGUUUCGCAGGCGCCUUCGUACACGGCCUGGUCUCAAUCCUGCAUGUCUACUACCUCCCCGUCUUCUUCCAAAGCUGUAUGCUCUCCAGCCCUCUGGGAUCUUCUAUCCAGCUCUUCCCGACCGCAUUCACGACUGCACCUUUCGCGAUCGGUGCCGGGCUCAGCAUAACCGUCACAAAGCAUUACGUGACGCAGAAUGUCGCUGCCUGGGUAGUGUGCAUCAUCGGUUUCGGGCUACAGUCAACCCUCACGAAGGACAGCAGUACGGCCGCUUGGGUGGGUUAUCAAGUGCUCACGAGCACAGGCCUGGGCGUCCUCUGGAUCAGCACGCAGUUCCCUGUGCUCGCCCCCCAGCCCGCGAGCCAGAAUGCGAACGCCCUCGCUUUCCUAUCCUUUGUGCAUGAUGGUGCAAACACUUUCGGCGUCACUAUAGGCGCUGCGGUGUUGCAGAACGAGCUGCUCCGUCUCCUCCCCCCGGUAUUCGGGACACUCUUCCCCAAGGGGGUGGACAUCGCCUACGCUGCCAUCCCACAGAUCCCCAGUCUGGCCCAGCCAUUGCAGGACGAAGUCCGCGACGCCUUCUCCGCAAGUCUGGCAAUGUUGUGGAAGAUCACGGCAGGGCUGUGUGGUCUAGGCCUGGUGACUAGUCUGUGGAUGAGGCAGCUGAAUAUGACGGCUGCUGUGGAUGAAGAUUGGGGGAGACAGGAGAAGAGGGACGAAACGGUGCCGCUUGCUCCUGCUGGAGAUCGAAGGGAUGAAGCAGUGUGAGGUGUAUUAUUUAGGAUAAGAAUGAGAUUAGAUGGCGAUAAAUAUUAUCAUCGG